AUGAGUUUGGUUGGUCAUGUUCUCCCUCCACAUCCUUCAACCUCCAAAAUCACAAAUUUUACUUCACAAAACAUUACUCCAAAACCCAUUCUCUUUACCAAUCUCAUCUCCUUAGCCCUCACUGUAACCUUAAACUCUCCAUUGCCUUCCUUGGCCAUCCCUUCUCUUAAUUCUCCACCUCCCCUUAUCUCUCCUACAACCCCAUUUUCUCAAUCCAAGAACUUGCAGAUUGGACUAGAAAAUGGGAAAAUUAGGCCUUGCCCAUCUACAAACCCAGGUUGUGUUUCCACAAAUCCGCAAUCUUCAUCAUUUGCAUUCCCAUGGAUGAUUCCUGAGAAUGCUACAGAGAAUGCGAUUCAGAAGUUGGAGGAAGCAAUCCUGAAAACGCAGAGAAAUGCCAAGAUACAAGUCAUUGAAGAUACCCCAAAUGGCCAAUAUUUACAAGCUGAAGUUGAUGGAGGGUUUGAUCCGGAUGUGCUUGAGUUUUUGGUAAGAGGAGAUGUAGUUUCGUAUAGGUGUAUGGCCACAAAAGUAACCUAUGUGUACCCAUUCACAACAGCCUUGGGGGAUUCAAAAGGACAGGACGAAAGAAUGAAGAAAAUCUUGGAUGAAUUAGGCUGGUAUGCUCCAAGCUUCGAUUCCAUGGAUUAG